UGUACAAAUUUGGUGGCAGUGAAUGGGUCUGUUUACAGUCCACACACGAACACCGUGCUCUUAUCUCAAAAUGAAUUGCUGAAUUUAAUAUACCUUUUUCUGUUUUGCAGUUUCAUGUGACAUUUGAAUAUGAAGUUGGGUGGAAACUCAAUGUUGUUAUCUCAUCAUGAAGUUUCAAAUGUUUUAUUAUGUAUUAAAGGUGAUAUAAGGUGGUUUCAAAGAACAAGAACAAGGUUUCAAUAUCAUCCUCCAAAUACUGUUGCACUUUUCAAACUAUUUUCUUCUACCACUAAUAAACCUACACCUUUGCAUUUCUUAACACCACAUCGCCAACACAAACAACUUUCUUCUCCCAAUCCUACUAAGCUAUUAGGAUUUGAGGUCAAUAGGAUGCUUGUUUUUCUCAAACAUUGGAGAAAUUUACGUGUAGUGGAAGUAGCUGGCAUUUUGAUAUGCAUUUUCUUGAUUGUACCAUCAGCUGAUGCUGUUGAUGCUCUCAAAACUUGUGCUUGUUUGCUCAAGGAAUGCAGGACAGAAUUGGUCAAGUGUCUUGCAAAUCCAUCAUGUGCUGCCAAUAUUGCUUGUCUCCAAACUUGCAACAAUAGACCUGAUGAGACUGAAUGCCAAAUUAGAUGCGGGGACGUGUUUGAAAACAGUGUGGUUGAUGAAUUCAACGAGUGCGCCGUCUCGAGGAAAAAAUGUGUACCUAAGAAAUCUGACUUAGGAGAGUUUCCUGCUCCGAACCCGGAUGUCCUUGUGAAGAGUUUUAACAUUGCAGAUUUUAAUGGCAAGUGGUUCAUCACUAGCGGCUUAAAUCCUACCUUUGAUGCAUUUGACUGCCAAUUACAUGAAUUCCACACAGAAUCAAAUAAACUUGUGGGUAAUAUAUCAUGGAGAAUACCAACUCCAGAUGGUGGAUUUCUUACAAGGUCAACCGUGCAGAAAUUUGUACAAGAUCCUUCUAAUCCAGGAAUCCUUUACAAUCGUGAUAAUGAGUACCUUAACUAUCAAGAUGAUUGGUAUAUUUUGUCGUCCCAAAUUGAGAAUAAACCAGACGACUAUAUAUUUAUAUACUACCGAGGCAGAAAUGAUGCAUGGGACGGCUACGGUGGCGCUGUUGUGUACACAAGGAGUUCAGUUUUGCCUGAAUCUAUUAUUCCGGAACUCGAUAAAGCGGCAAAGAGUGUAGGAAGAGACUUUACCAAGUUCAUUAGAACAGAUAAUACAUGCGGGCCAGAGCCUUCGCUGGUCGAGAGGCUGGAGAAGAAGGUAGAGGAAGGAGAGCAGACAAUUGUGAGGGAAGUUGAAGAGUUGGAAGAAGAAGUAGAGAAGGUUGGAAAAACAGAGAUGACAUUGUUACAAAGGUUGGCAGAAGGGUUCAAAGUGUUUCAAGAAGAUGAAGAAAAUUUCUUAAAAGGGCUAUCUAAAGAAGAAAUGGAGAUACUUGAAAACCUCAAAUUGGAAGCUGAUGAAGUAGAAAAGCUCUUUGGACGUGCCUUGCCACUAAGGAAACUAAGAUAACUUGUAAAACUUGAGUACAAUAUAAAUGGCCAUCCUAAUUGGUUAAAGAAAAAAAAUGUAUGCAACAUAUUUUUUUAUACUUGUUAAUUAUUGAAUGAAUUCUCAUUUUGGUUC